UUCCGAUCUCAGCUGUAGUCUACGUAGUAAACAGUAACAUAUGGAUCCAGCCGUCUUCCUGUAGACAGGUGCUUUUGAAUGUCCUUUGCUCCCUGCUGGAAAUUAUUCAACAGAAUCUUUUACUAUCACUUUCUCGCGCUCUCUCUCUCUAUUUAUUUAUAUUCAUCCAUUUAUCUUUGUGUCUUUCUCUAAUUUUCCUAUACAAUAACCUGACUUAUUUAGAAGUCAAGAGAUUUACAGAUACGAUGUCUGCUAUGACAUCUUAUUAACGAAGCAUCGUAACCUUUUUUUUUCUCUUCUUCCUCUCUUCUGUCUUUAUUUUCGGAUUUAACAGCUAACAGAACGAAGAAGACAUAAAAUGGAUGACAGAACUACUCAUGAUGGUUAAUUGGCAGAAACGCAAGAACACUUGGACAAAAUACUUAGCAACAUUUCAUCCUUCUCUAUUUCCUGAGUUCAAAUUCCACCAAGAUAAACCUCGGCGGUUUUCAUAACUGAAAGUGGAUAAGCAAAUCUACUUCUGCUAAACAUCACUUCUGAUCGACGAACAUACAAAUUAUUUCCUUCUUAACCGUCAUUUGAAGACGAUCUUGACAUUGCAGCUACGGAUAGCCAAACGUACAGUAAAAGAAAUUGAUUUCUUUCUUUAGGUGAUAAACGUUUCAUUGUUUCUAUUGAGUAAAAGCGACAAAAAAAAUUGCAAAAAAUAUCAAUCAAAAUAACUGAAACUAAUUAAUUAUUUCACCUAAAGAGAAAGAGAAAAGAAUUUAAUAUUAUAAACUUUCUACAGGUAACUGUAGUUGGCAAGUUACUGCAAGUGCUUCCAUACUAAUUCGACGUAAAACGUUGUGAUUGGUUAACAGCCAAGGACCCGGAUGAGGAUUAUUUCUGGCGAGACUCGACAUGGCGACUUCGACGCUUCAUGGACCGAAAUUUUAGCAGUACUUACUUUUGCAGUCGUCCCAACCACUCCAACAAUCGUGACAAUUAUCAGUAUCUGCUGCCGUCGCAGCAGCAGCGCGUCUCUUACGAGGACGUGGACGUAAAACGUUAACGACGAGACGGAGGAGGCCGUCACUCCGGAGGAGGGUCUAAAGAGGCAUCAAGCCGAAACAAAGGACGGCCCCGGGUCGACACCAGCAUCAGUGUCAUUAUCACUGCUAGAAUGGUGUUCAAAGAAACAGUGUGCUUGUGGUUUCAAAAGUUAAAUCCUCAUACGAGGAUUGACAUUAUGUGUGGGCUGCUCCAUAUGUGUGUGCCGCCCGAGUUGCGCUUUCUUGGAACGUUUCUUGAGGACCUAGGCAAGAAGGACUACUACCGGCUGAGAGAUGCCGAAAUUAAAGCUAACAACCACAUCGAUCUUGCAAAAAGUACCAACACACCUAUCAACAAUAGCGCUAGUAACACUGACAGUUCCACAUCCUCUGGUUCUACGAGUACUAUCGGUGCUGGUUCUUCUAAUACUUCAUCACCAUCUAUCUCGACCGAGGAAAGUCUUCGCAACAAGCUGUCCCUGUCACUAGCUCUGCUGUACUCGUCCAACAUCCAAUGCUCCAAUAUUAUCUUCAAAAUGCUCGAAGCUAAUGUGGAACGAGCACUACGGGUGAUGCCUUCUAUGGCUGUAGUGACCAUUUACGAAAUUCUUACCAUUUUAGUGAUGGCAGCCAACCACCCGGCCUUCAGCGUUACCCAACAACUUACCAUGGCAGAAUUAUAUAAAUCGGCUGAGAAGGCCGCUGAAGGCCUCAUUCCCAAGGAUGAAUGUUUGUGCUGCCACUGCUCAGUGUCGUAUUCAUCAUCACCAAAGCCUGACGAAGGACCGCACUUCUGCAGUAGCUGCCAACCUCAUACAUCGCUACCACACAAAGAAAAAGCUCAUGUUACUCGAAUUAAAGUCAAAGGUACACGGAAACUUUUGGAGAAGCCAACAGAUUUUAUCAUGCAGGUGUCUUGGUCAAAUGGUGAAACUACUGAAGUCUAUAAAACAUUUCAAGAAGUACUUGAAUUCUCAAAUAAGUUUUCACGAAUAAUUGAUGAUGUUAAUGUGUACAAACAAGAUCGAAGGAUUCCUUUUCUUCAAAAUUUUUACAAAGAAGAACAUGUAGAGGAUGUUAAUCUACAAAAUAUAUCUCAUUAUGUAGGACAAUUGGAAAAACUCCCCUCAAAGUUUUUAGAAUGUGAUCAUCUAGUCAAAUUUUUUGCUCCAUCAGAUUCAAAUGGAUCCUCUACUUUCCGGUCAACUGAUUUUCAUUCAGCUAAUGAACAACCUGUGAUAUCUCCAUACAAUCAGAAGUCUUUCAACACCGUAUCUCCCUCAGGGGAACUCGGUAAUCGACAGCAUCAUCAAUCUACAUAUUACAAUCCACAUCAUUCUCAAUUACCAUCAAAUAAUUACAGUAACAAUAGGACUGUCUUGAUGAAUAACCAGCUGAAUGCUCCCUGCCAGGGUAUCUCUCCAAUGUAUUCCCCUUCAUCAUCACCCCCACCUGUGGUUGCAACAUUGCACUCAUCACUGCAGCAGUCCAACAGCCGGUCAGGCUCUCCUGCUAGUGUAGAUGGUAGUUCUUCAAUAAACUCCAAACACACAAGUUUUGAGCCAGAGUCCAAAGAUGAAGAGAAGUUAUAUUUUCAGGAAAUUCAGAAGAACAGUCGUGACAAACGCCAUUUAAAUGGUGUAAUUGAUUAUGGUAAUAUGACAGGAAUGCCACCAACAUUGCAACCUCCACCUGUGUGUUCAGCCAAUGUGGGGCCUUCUCAUCCCACUAUGACCUGGCCCCCUUAUUCAGCAAUUAAGAAUGCAUAUCAAAUAACUUUUCCAACGGGACAUCAGCAUCAGCAGCAACAACACCAUCACCAUCAUCAUCACCAUCAUCAUCCACAGCAGCAGGGUCCUCGUGCAGGAAUCACACAAUCUGUAGCUGUCAAUAACUCUUAUUUUUAUUAUCCACAUAUUUCCCAUGCCCCUAGUGUUCUUCCUUCAGUAUCAUCAUGUACUGCUGACAGUUCACCUGUUGGUUCUGACUACUGUAGUCAACCACCCAGCCCUGGGGCUCCAUCAGUGACAAAUAUCACUGCAGUUCCGGCUUCUUCAUCUUCAGUUGCAUCGGAUGAUAGUGAUAGAGUCAAGACUGGUAAGGAGACUGAACAGUGUUAUGAUCAGGACUAUAGGAAAAAAGAACUUGGUAAACCCAACUUGAAACCACAGCAACCUCUCUUGAAAUCUACAGCCAGAGGUCAAGUGGACGAUCAGACGAAAGGGAAUAUACAACAGAUUUACCUUGACCAUCAACAGUUACCUUUUGGAAAUGUAACAGGUGGCUAUAACACUGUCUCUGAAAAUAUACCAACUGUACCGCAACACCGUCACCAUCUUAUUACAGGUCGGACUACAUACAAGGCACAGCCUGCACACACAAAUUUAGGAAUUAACCCCAAAAACAUGAUUAACAUGCCUCCUGAUGGCAAAUCUACGACUCCAAUUGUGCCUUCAAUGUUUAAUCACAACUCUGACAUGACUAAUUUGAGUACAACUGUUAUCAAUUCAACUACUCCAACUUCUGUUCUUGCAACUGCAGACAACACUGCACAGCAUUCUCUCUAUUCAGUAGGUACAUGGACGCGGAAUUUAAUUCCUGUAUGCACACGGACUGCUGUUGCAUGCUCAACUAGUGCUCUAGUUUCAACAGGCUCUUCAAAUUCCAGUCCACCACCAAGACAAAAUAUAGGUAAUAUGAAGAAUAGUAACAUAUGUUCCAAUUCAGUACCUCAGUCCCCACCUAGUGCUGCUCCUGAUUCAACCUGUUCAUCCUCAUCUGACCAAGCUAGUGGCUUGGCCACUCUGAACUUCCUUGCACAAUGCUCAAACCAAAGUAGUGUCAUUACUAACACCAUCGUUUAUUCAUCUCAAACAUUGAACUCAAGUUCUCCGAGCCAAGUUUCUACAGGCCGGUCGGGAAUGUGCAAAACAUGUGGCUGUGAUGGCUACCAUCAAUUAGGUGUCAUUUCUUCUCCUGUGGCUCCACCAGCCAAUAAUAUCCCUCCUAACCAUUGGCCAUCCUUUGCAGGGAACAUGGGCUACAUGCCACAAAAUUCUAAUGGUUUGAUACCACUUCACUACCCAAUGCAAUUGGUUAGUGCGAUCCCAACUGAUCACGUAUAUAACAACCCUACUAACAUAAGUUUGGUGCAUUUGAACUCUUCAAAUCAAGCAGCUGUAUCAUCAUCGUCAUCCUCUACGUCUUCAUCAUGUAUGCUGAGCCAGAUGUGUAACUAUGCAUCUUUGGGUCUACAUGCCACGCCACCACAACCACAACAGUACACCAUGACAAUGAUUAGCAAUAAACACUGCAGGUCAUGUUUUAACUGUGGAGGAUCUGAUCAUGUUGCCAGUGAUUGCAAGGAAACAUCUAUGGAAGCUAUGACAGGCCAGUAUCGGUUGAAUUACAAGAGCAAAACUGCAGCAGACUGACAAACAAAAAUUUGUUGACCAUUUUACAUGCACAUUUUCUUGACAUAAUGUUGGCCACACCAAUAUAUACUGCUGCAUAUAAGCACAAACAUUGGAUUUGGCUGUUUUUGCACUCUCAAAUACUAUUGGUUUGCAUGUGUUCCAUGCCUGAUAUCUCCCAAUAGAUAUACAGCCUGCAAUGAUGUCAUAGUUAAGUGGAACAUGCUAUUAUCAUGCACAAGUCAGUCUUUAUUUUAUGCAUGUGCAUAUGCACACAAACACACACAUACAAUCUUUCUGAGACAAUUCAGAUCUGUGUUCUCACUUGAUUUUCAUGCAGUCCAUUACAUCCCCUUCAGCAUGCCACCUUCUGUACCUGCUGCAUUUUGAUCAUUAAUCCACUUGCUCCACUGUUCAGAAUUCAUAUAUCAUAUGCAAUAUUAUAUAUACAUAUAUGAUAUACAUAUAUGUACAUAAUAUAUGAUAUAUGUAUAUAAUAUAUAAUAUAAUAUAUGUAUAUAAUAUAUAUAUAUAUAUAUAUAUAUAUAUAUAUAUAUAUAUAUAUAUAUAUAUGUAUACAAUACAUAUAUAUGUAUAUAAUAUAUAUAUAAUAUUAUAUAAAAUGUGUGUAUAUAUAUAUAUAUAUAUAUAUAUAUAGACUUCUCAGAUCAAGCUCUAUAAAGAGUUCGUAUCUCUGUCACUAACCAUACAUCAAGUUGCUAAUGUAUGGAUUCUCUAGUGAAGAAUUAUGAAUGAUGGACAAGGUCAAUUACUAUGAAACAAUCAGUACUGCUUGCUGCUAUCAUUGUGACACACAGUCACAUGGACAAUUCAGAAGAGGCAUCAACCAUUUAGACAAAUCAAAUUGCUUAUAAUAGCACAAGGUAUAGUGGAGUGUAUAAUCUUAGGUCUCUAUAUCUUCCCUUGCAACACCAAGCUGUUAAUGUCUUACAAGUGAAGAGGAAUAGAGGAAAAGACUUGUGUUUACUGUGUAUUGAGUCUCUGCUGAAUCCUAUGUCAAAUUCUUGAUAUAACCAAGUCUCUGAUAUAUUUGUUUUGAUCAGUGACUGACCUGACUUUAAUGACCUGAAAUACAUUAUUAGAUGUUAUAAGCACUAAUUUGAGAGAGAAAAGAAAAUCAUGCCCGCUGAUGUAGGUUUGGUUUCUGUUUUCUGUUUAGCAGUUUUCAUUCAUUCAUAAUCAAAUGAGUUUUUAAAAUAGCUAAUGAUGUGUUAAAAAUAGUUGGGUUAAAAAAGUUUGACUGAUGAUAUAAAUGUUAUCAAUCUCUUUUUCCUCUUCAUCUGUUGCUUGGUUGAAGAAUUAGGUAUAUUCAUUAAUUAAACCUUCAUGAAACACUGAUCAAGAAACCUUACAUUUAAGUUAGUUCAUCGAUAAUAUAUUCCAAGACUUGGCCGAAUGUGAAAAUACAGGUAUUAGCCUCCCUGAGAGAAUUCAGCCAUGUUCUGUCUGGUUUUAAAGAAUUAAAAAUUCUCAAAUUUCAGUGAAAUGUGAAACGUAACUGAUCAUAGAAAUGCUUACGUGAUUGCCUGCCAAAAGAGAAAAUAAAUAGACUUGAUGAUAUGGCCUGGUUCUAGGAAGUGAUACCAUGAUACAGCCAUAGACUGGAAACAUUUAUGAGAUAGUAACUAUAAUUCCAGAUGUCAAGUAAUGGAUAAGAAUAAGCAAGGCAAGAGAGUUGUGAUGUCUCUUUUAGGGGACACUUUGUCUUAAAAUGUGGGAUUUGCACAUUCAAUCAUAUUGAAUAUACAAUCUUAUACUGAUGUUCUUACCAGUUCAUCAUUAAAGAUCUUCCCAAACGAGGUAGGAACUAAGAUUUACUGGCUUCAUUCUUCUUGGAAUUAUUGAGCAGUUUUCUACUUUGUGCUAUAAGAUUUAUUAUUAAAUUGGUGGCUAUCAGUACUAUAUAGUCUGUAUUUUGGGCAGCACAAACUUUAGGACAAGUUGGAAAGUCAAUGGCGCAGACAUACAGUUCAUAGGCAAAACUGGUCAAGAAAAAUUGAUUUACUGUCUCACUUUGUUCAAUCUAAUCAAAUAAAUUAUUAACAGGUAGCUUUGUUUUGCAUCUUACGAUUUCAUUUACAGAGAACGUCUAGUCUCCAGCUCACUCCCAAAACUAUAUCCUUCCAUUGCCUUGAUGUUAGUUAUUACCACAGUUGUUUCCCUUUAGAACCCCAUAACCUGUAUUCAUGAAAUAAUGCCUUGCCAUUCCUGUUGCCUCCCUCUGUAUUCUGUGUACUAAAUAACAUGGCAUUUCCUUCUGUAACACUGCCUCAGUAUGUUUUUCUUCACUACAGUAAACCUCCAAUUAAAUUCAAGGAAAUUAUUAACUGUACCAACUUAAUUUUCCUUCUAUUAUCCUUUCUUCUACACCAAGAGGACCAUAGCAGUUUGUGGGCCUGGCUCAUCUUUGGUUCAAUAUUAAAAUGAACAAUAAUAAAUAUAUAUAUAUAUAUAUGAAAAAAAUAUACUGAAAAAGAACUGUUAUCAUGUUGGUGGAAAACUAUAUUGUUGGUGGGUUUAAUUAAUUACUUGCCAGUUUCAUUGUUACACAAUAUCAAUUUGAUUUUUUUCCCCAUUUAAAUCUUAUCCUAAAAUGUGUGUUAUUUAAGUUGUAAAUCUGUCAAGGAUUUCACACUAAUGGAACUUUUGAUUUAACAAUUACCAAAGGGCAUAUUUAAAGCACUCUUUCUACCUUCCUGUCACUGAUAAUAUCUUCCAAAUGUAUUUGCAGUGGAGCAAAAGGUAUGGAGGAGGAUUUCACUUGAGUUUUUGGGCCAAGCAUGUGUUUCCAUUAUAAACCUGUCACUGUCACUGCAGUUACGUUAUAAGCAGUGAUGUAAUUUACAGUUAAAUGAGAAUUGACAUUACACACACACACACACACUCACUAUCAUAUAUAUAUAUAUAUAUAUAUAUAUAUAUAUAUA